AAGGAUCCGCCCCAUUAUUAUGUACCAGGAAGUUCAGGCUGCCAAUCAGUGGACGCCCCAAAACGUGGCCUUGACAGGAGAGGCCGCGUGGGGGCUGGGCUCGUCUGAAAUCAGACGCCUUCAGUGUGACCUCUGAGAGAGUGACUGAUCUCUUUGUGCCUGGGAGGAAAGGAGAGAGCACAUGGUGGCCUGAGCAGGCAGAAGAGGAAAGCACAUCCAGGGGCUCCUGCAAAGAAAGCUACAUUCCCAGAUUUGCAACCAGCUGCCCCAGGAGAAUGCCGGUGCUGGCCCCAGACGCUUGGAGCUACAUCCCUGAAGAAAUCCUGGCCAAUAUAUUUUACUACUUGCCUCUUAAAGAUCGGCACACAGUAUUCCGCGUGUGCCGGCCCUGGGCUGCGGCAGUUUCUACCAGCUCCGUCUGGAGUUUUACAGAGGUCAGUUGCAGCACAGAGGAUGAAGAUGGCGAAGGCACUUUGCAGAGCUUGCACCAGUUUCUGAGCCACAUCAAGCACCUGAAGAUAGCCUUUGAUCAGUCUCAGGAGGAAACCCGGAAGAACGUCACUCAGAUUUUGGACAUGCUGGCCAAGCAGAACCACAAGCUGCAGGCUCUGUGCAUUGUGUGCAAAGGAGAAAACCCUUUUUUCUAUUCCGGCCAAGACAUCAUGCAGAGCAUCCAGAGAAUCUGCCAGAGCCAGAACAAGAUCAACCUUCAGCUUAUCGAUUUCCGGCAAAUGCCUUUCACUCUGGACGACGGGAUGAUUCAGCUGAUCGCAUCCAGCAGUCCAAAUCUGCAUACCCUGUUCAUCAACAACCGUACCCUGGUUUGCAACGUCAAGCCAGAGACGAUAUGUGAGGUUCUGAGGGCUUGUCCUAAAUUAUCUACCCUGGGGGUCUACUAUGCCAGCCUGUCUGAGGGUGUUUUCCAGGAACUGGUAAAGUCAAAUCGAGUGACUUUCAAGUGCCUGGUUAUUUUCUGCGAGCGCCUGGACAAGUACAUCCCUGUCAUCCCAGAAGAGCUUUGGGCUAUGGUUAGUGAGAGAUAUCCACAGCUGCAGGUGGAGAUGGAGUUCGACCACACAGUCCCUGCGUGGAAGAUCCCUCGGAUUCUAAAGCCCAAUAUUCCCGUAACCAGUUUGCAGCUUAACACUUACACGUACAUGGUAAACCAGAUUCGGUUUGCCACCAGCAACUACAGCAAGACUCUGGAAAGGCUGGUCAUCCGCACCACGCCAUCUGAUGACCUCAACUCCUCGCUAACAGAUCUGGCCAAAAAGUGUGUGCAUCUGAAAGAGGUCCACUGUUACUGUGUGGUUAGCCCGGCAGUGGUACAGGCCUUUCUUUCACACUGCAAGGGUUUGAGAAGGUACACUCUAAAGGUCGCCACGGGCCACAGCACUUGGAAGCCAACAAUAAUCCAGUGAUUUUCCACCUGCAGUCAAGGCACAUUCUCACCUAUCCUCUUGGACAGUAGCUGUUUGAGCCUUUGGUAGUGUCUGGGGUGUACAUUUCAGUACUGUCUGCACCACUGAGGCUGCAAUCCUAGCCCUGCUUACCUCUGAGUAAACCCCGCUUACUAACUCCAGAGUUGGCGUGGUUAGGAUUGUGGUGCAAUUCCAUUUCCUCUCACUUUGUUGCUAAAUUUACUGCUGGAGUAGGCAACUGCUGUUCCAGAACGCAGGAGUCAGGUGGGUAAAUGCAGAAUCCAAAUAGAAUUACACACUUACUUCUCAGCUGAUAUGGGUAAGAUUGUGCUGCACGUGCUACCGUAUUCAGUUGGGCUUACUCCCAGGUAAGUAUGGUUAGGACUGCAGCCUAAGUCCCAUUACCUAUUAGUAUGAACAUAUCACAGUCUUUGCCCUAGAAAUAGGUGAACAAUGUUUACAAACAGUGGCAUAUAUUUUUCAGAUUCUUGUAAAAUCAUAGCACUUUAAAUCUGUGAUAUGAUCAUAAUUCACAAUAAAUAUUUGUAUACGAAA